GUGGGGCCGCCCCACCGCCUGAGGAUGUUGGUGCCGGCAAGAGGCGGAUAGAGACGGCUCCCUUCCCGGCAGGAAACGGCUAAGCGAAGCGGCCCUCCAUGGUUUCUGCGCUCUUCCAGAGUCUGCUCUCUUCCUACCUAUAUAAGAUUUACAAAGGAAUGUUUACAAAGAAAGUGGGGAACAGUACAAAGAGCAAAAAGGAGCAGCAAGAGGUCCCUCAGCCGGGGCAGAUCAAGAGCCCCACUUUCUCCAAAACCUUAAAGAGCACCGUCCGGAGGAUCGCCAAGUGCUCCUCCGCCCGGAACCUCUCCACCGAAGAGGAAUCGGGCAGCCAGGAGUUCUCCCUCUCGCCCACCUUCAGCUACCGGGUGGCCAUUGCCAACGGCCUGCAGAGAAGCCUCUUCGCCACCCACAAGAAUGAGGACCUCCCCCCGGACCCCUCCUCCAACGAGAGCUCCUUUUCCGACUCGCUGAGCGAAGCCAAGAGCGGCAGCCGGGAGCAUUCGUCGCACACGAUGCCCGUGCGGCGCAACCGGAAGAGCCUGAGCAGCCUGGCCCCCUCGGACGGCAGCUCCGACGGGGAGCGCACCCUCCACAGCCUGAAGCUGGGCGCGCUGAGGAAGCUGCGGAAAUGGAAGAAGAGCCAGGAGUGCGUCUCCUCCGACUCGGAGCUCAGCGCCUGGAAGAAGGCCUGGGGCCUGCGGAGCAAGUCCCUCGACCGGACCGCCCGCCCGCCCAAGGCCAGCCCCACGGAGCCCAGCUUCAGCUCCACGGGGUGCAUCAGCCAGACCCACGAUGUGAUGGAGAUGAUCUUCAAGGAGCUUCAGGGCAUCAGCCAGAUCGAGACGGAGCUCUCAGAGCUGCGGGGCCACGUCAACGCCCUCAAGCAGUCCAUCGACGAGAUCUCCAGCAGUGUGGAGGUGGUCCAGAGCGAGAUCGAGCAGCUGCGGACGGGGUUCGUGCAGUCGCGGCGGGAGACCCGGGACAUCCACGACUACAUCAAGCAGAUCGGGCAGGCGGGCGGCAAGGCCAGCCUCCGGUUCCUGAAUGUCCCUGAAGAGAAGUGCGAGAACGUGGAGUGUGUGGUGCACCGGGUUUUGGCAGAGAAGAUGGGCUUCUCGGAGACGCAGAACUCGGUGAAGGUGGAGUUCGCCCACCGGGUGGGACCGCAGAGGGACUGCCCCAACGCCAAGCCCCGGCCCAUCCUCGCCUACUUUGAGACCGCGCAGCAGAGGGACCUGGUCCUGAAGAAGUCCUACAAGCUCAAAGGGACCGGCAUCGGAGUCUCGACGGACCUCCUCUCUUCUCACGAGGUGAGAGAGAAGAAGGAGAGGAGCCUGCCUUCCUCUCAGACGUACGAGAGCAUGGAUAUGAAGCCGCCAGCUGUGGAGGGGAGAGCCAAGAAGCAUGCCUGGGAGUCCCCCGACAGCAGCAGCGACAGAGAACUGGAGCCCGAUAUCAACCGGAACAGUUACGCAAAGAUAUCCAAGUCGGCCCCACAGAUGAAGAGAAGCCCCACAAAGGCGAGGGAAGUGUCGCUCCAGGUAGUUGCAGAGAGCGCCAGGUUCCCGACUCACGUCGGCCACAACGAAGCAUCACCCGCAAGACAGGACUUGCCCAAGGAGCCCCUGGGCACCAGCUAUGCCACCAUGACCCCCCUCUGGCAGUCUCAGAGCGACUUUGGCACCCUCAAGCUCAGUCGCUCCGAGUCGGACUUCUCUAAACUCUGCCAGUCCUACUCGGAAGACUUUUCGGAGAACCCGUACUUCAGCCGGACCAAUGGCAGCUCGCUCUUGUCUUCCUCCGACCGAGAGCUCUGGCAGCGGACACAUGACGACAGCUCCAUCUGGCACCGCAGUUCCCAGGAGCAGGCCUUUGGCCAAGAGGAACGCUUCUACAGAGCCGAGGACGACGCCGACAAUGCCGAAGCCAUGGACAGCGGCGUCAGCAACGGCCUGGUGUGCGCCUCUGGGGACCGGAGCCAUUACAGCAACUCCCAGGUCUCCUUGGAGGAGGGAGACCUCUCUCCCUGGACGGAGUGGAACCAACUGGAACAAGACACAGACCUGGGCUUGGACUCCUCCACUCAAGAUGCCUUCACCUACGACCUGAGCAGCUCUUCCGACCAGCAGCUAGACUACGGCCAGAUCUCCGAGGCCCAAUACGAUGACGCGGAAGGCAACGACUUUGCCCUGGACAGCCACUCUCCUUCUGGCCAGGAGCUUAGCAGUGAGGCGCAGGACCCGUGGCCCCUCCAGUACAGCGACUAUCCGGAGAGCAACGCCAACACUCUGUACCAGAACCAGAACCGGCCGCCCAUCAUGUACCGCAGCCAAAGCGAACUACCGAGUGACAACAACUCCCUCGAGGAGGCGCCCCCUAAAUCUUGGCACAGCCGGCUGAGCAUCGACCUGUCUGAUAAGACGUUCAGCUUCCCUAAAUUCGGGAACACCUUGCAGCGGGCACGGUCCGCGCUGGAGGUGGUCUGGACCAAGAGCACGCAGAGUCUCAGCGGCGGCGAGGAGACCAGCUCCUCUUUCAUGGGGCGCUUCCGGACUUUGUCCCAGUCGACGGCCAACGAGUCAAGCACCACCCUGGAUUCGGAUGUUUACACCGAGCCCUACUACUACAAGGCCGAGGAGGAGGAGGAGGAGGAAGCGGCGUACAGCGAGCCCGUUGCCGAGAAUGAGACGGACUACGUGGAGGUCAUGGAGCAAGUGCUGGCCAAGCUGGAGAACCGGACGGGGGCCCAAGAGGCGGAGGACGAGCCGGUACCGGAGCAGACGCCUGAGGAAACGCCCGAGGAGACGCCCUACGAGAGCCCCCACGAGAGCCUCCAGGACGGCACUCCUGAGGAGCCCUUCCCCCAUGAAGUGGUCAUUGAGGAGGAGGAGGAGGAGGAGGAGGAGGAGGUGGUGGUGGAGGUCCUGGAGUAUGUGGCCCAUUCCGCCCUCGAGAUGGAAGUGGAAGAAGUCCAUGAGGACGAGAACCGGAAUCUCCCCGAAGUCCCCGUUCCGGCCCCGGUGAAGAAGAAAGUGCGACCGUCUUUCAAAGAUGCCGCUCUGAGGGCCUACAAGAAACAGAUGAGUGAGCUGGAGGAGAAGAUCCUGGCUGGAGCCCAAACAGCGCUCUGUACGGGAUCGACAGCAUGCCGGACCUGCGGCGCAAGAAGUCCUUCCCCAUUGUCCGGGACGUGGCCCUGCCUGGUCCUCCCUUGUGGUCCUGCUGCCACCGCCACCUCCUUCUUGACCGCUUGCCUUUUUUUCCUCCCGCAGAAGACGCUGGCUGCCCGGAAGUCUGGCAUCUCCCUGGCCAUGCUCAUCCGGACCUCCGUCAACAAUGAGGAGAUGAAAAUGCACGUGUUCAAGAAGACGCUGCAGGCGCUGAUCUACCCGAUGUCCUCCACCACCCCGCACUACUUCGAGGUCUGGACGGCCACGGCCCCCACCUACUGCUACGAGUGCGAGGGGCUGCUCUGGGGCAUCGCCCGGCAAGGCAUGCGCUGCACCGAGUGCGGGGUCAAGUGCCACGAGAAGUGCCAGGACCUGCUCAACGCAGACUGCUUGCAGAGGGCUGCCGAGAAGAGCUCCAAGCACGGGGCGGAGGACAAGACCCAGAACAUCAUUGCGGCCAUGAAGGACCAGAUGAAGGUCCGGGAGAAGAACCACCCGGAGGUCUUUGAGAUGAUCUGGGAGACCUUCCAGAUCCCCAAGGAGGACUUCGCUCAGCACCUGAAGGCAGCCAAGCAGAGCGUCCUGGAGGGGACCUCCAAGUGGUCGGCCAAGAUCACCAUCACAGGUGAGUCAACGGUAGAUUGGCACUUCUCCUGCCUCUCCUCCAAGUACAUGUGUCCAGGAGUCCCCGCCGUCAUGAGCACCUUGUUGGCCAACAUCAACGCCUUCUACGCCCACACCACGGCCACCACCAACGUCUCCGCCUCCGACCGCUUUGCGGCCACCAACUUCGGGAGGGAAAAGUUUGUGAAACUGCUGGACCAGCUGCACAAUUCCUUGAGGAUUGACCUCUCCAAGUACAGGGAAAACUUCCCCGCCAGCAGCCCGGAGCGGCUCCAGGACCUGAAGUCCACCGUCGAUCUGCUGACAAGCAUCACGUUCUUCCGCUUGAAGGUGCUGGAGCUGCAGAGCCCCCCGAGGGCCAGCGCCGUGGUCAAGGACUGCGUCCGCGCCUGCCUGGACUCCACCUACAAGUACAUCUUUGACAACUGCUACGAACUCUACGCUCAGCUCAUGGACCAGAUUGACAAAACAGAGGACAAGUCCCUGGAAGAGCGCGGUCGGAUCCUGAUCUCCCUCAAAUACAACUCCCAGAAGCAAGCCCUGCAUGUGGGCAUCGUCCGCUGCGCACACUUGGCCGCCAUGGAUGCCAACGGCUACUCAGACCCCUAUGUGAAAACUAAGGGAGGGAGGAGGUCCCUUUGGGGAGGGCCCUUGGUGACCAUCAUGGUGACCAUCAUCAAUGAGGAUAGGAUGGCCUACACAUCUGUCUUGAACCAGUUCCCCCAGGAGCUGAACAUGGGUCGGGUCAGCGCGGAGAUCAUGUGGUUCCUCUUCGCCCAGGACAUGAAGUACGCCCUGGAAGGUGAGAGGGAGGUUCUGGAAGGGAUGGAGGGAGGGAAGGCAGCCCUUGCGCCCGGCAGGAGCAGCACCCGUUUGACAUUACUCUGCCCUUUAGAACCAGGAGGAAGACCGACCCCUUCUAUACCUUCUGAAGCAUCACUACAGAUGCUACGGGUCAUGAUCCUGCCAAAUCUUCUGUAUACUAACCACUUCCAACUGCUGGACAUGACACUUCUUUUCCCUCCUCCUUUCAGGUGGUUCGAGCCCUUUGUCAUGCAGUGGUUGGACGAGAAUGAGGACGUCUCCAUGGAGUUCCUCCACGGCGCUUUGGGGCGGGACAAGAAAGACGGGUUCCAGCAGACCUCUGACCAUGCGCUCUUCUCCUGCUCUGUGGUGGACGUCUUCACGCAGCUCAACCAGAGCUUCGAGAUCAUCCGGAAGCUGGAGUGUCCCAAUCCAGAGGCCCUUUCCCACCUCAUGAGGAGGUUUGCCAAGACCAUCCACAAAGUGCUCACUCAGUACGCUGUCAUCGUCACGAACGACUUCAGCUCUUACUGCGACAAGGAAAACCUGCCCUGCAUCCUGAUGAACAACAUCCAGCAACUGCGGGUCCAGCUGGAGAAGAUGUUUGAAGCCAUGGGGGGCAAGGAGCUGGACCCGGAGGCCAGCUCGGCCCUCAAGGACUUGCAGGCCAAGCUCAGCGGCGUCCUGGACGACCUCAGUGUCAUCUAUGGAGACAGUUUCCAGCCGGUGGUUGGGGAGUGCGUAAGGCAGAUGGCGGCCGAGCUGAACCAGCUGAAGGGGGACAACAGCAAAGGCAACUGCGUGGUGGAAGCGGAGAUCGUCCUGCGCCCGCUGAUGGACUUCCUCGACAAAACGUUGAGCGCCUCGGCCAAAAUUUGCGAGAAGACGGUGCUGAAGCGGGUCUUGAAGGAGCUCUGGAAGCUGGUGCUGAACACCAUCGAGAAGCAGAUCGUCCUCCCGCCGUUGACCGACCAAACCGGCCCCCCAAUGCUUCUCAGCGCAGCCAAAGACUUUGGCCAGCUCUCCAAGCUGAAGGACCACGUCAUCCGGGAAGACACCAAGAGCCUGACACUGAGGCAGUGCGCCGUCAUGGACGUGGUCCUGGCCACCAUUAAGCAAUACUUCCAUGCCGGAGGGAGCGGCCUGAAGAAGACCUUCCUGGAGAAGAGCCCCGACAUGCAGUCGCUCAAGUACGCCCUGAACCUCUACACGCAGACCACGGACGUCCUGAUCACCAAGUUCAUUGACACCCAGGCGGCACAAAGUCAAGGGACAGAGAAGCCCGUGGGGGAGAUCAACGUCCAGGUGGAGGUCACUCCACAGCCAGGGAGCGGGGAGCACAAAGUGACGGUCAAAGUGAUCGCCAUCAACAAGCUCCAGUGGCAGACGAGCAACAUGUUCCGCCCCUUCGUGGAGGUCUUCCUUCUGGGCCCCAGCCUCAGCGACAAGCGGCGGAGGCACGGCACCAAGACCAAGAGCAACACCUGGUCGCCCAAGUACAACGAGACCUUCCAGUUCGUGGUGGGCAAGGAGGAGCGCCCGGGGUCCUACGAGGUGCACCUGGUGGUGAAGGACUACUGCUUCGCCCGCGAGGACCGCGUCAUCGGCAUGUCGGUCUUCCAGCUGCGCAGCCUGGCGGCCGACAGGGGCCCCAUCGCGGCCUGGCACCCUUUGCGCCGGAGCCUGCGCACAGACGAGACGGGGCUGACCAUCCUGCGCAUCCUCUCCCAGAGGACCCACGACGACGUGGCCAAGGAGUUCGUCCGGCUCAAGACGGAGACGCGGUCCCCGGAAGACACCGCCUGAGAGGAGAGGGGCCUCCCUCGGUCCGUCCGCCCGCCCGUCCGACCCAUGCAUGCGUGUGCCAGUCCGCUGUGGGAAUGUUUACCUUGCUCUGUCUCUUGUGUUUUGCCGGAAACGUAAAAAAAGCGCUCUCUUUUCUCGCGGCCUUUUUCGGGAGGGUCCGCGAAAAACGAGUCUGUUGUCUCAAACAAAGUGCCAAAACGGCCGGCGGCGGCGGAAGCGGGCGAGCGAGCGAGCGGGCCUCUCGGCGCCGUUCGGAAGUGUUGCUUUUUUGUCGCGUCGUCCCCCUUCCUCCGUCCCCUUCCUCCGUCCGUCCGUCCGUCCGUCCGUUCGUCCUCCUUUUUUGUGGGGUCGUGUCGUCCGGUUCCGGACGGCUCUCCAUUUUAUGCAAGCUCCAUUUGAACCUUCGCUCCCCAAGUGAAGAAGAAGGGGGAGGGGAGUUUUUUUUCUACCAUAACUUAACCGGUGCAGUUCCUUCCAGAGGAAAAAAAAAGGGGUUUGUAAUUUUAUAAAUUGCUGAAAUGAUUUUUUGCAUACUAACUUUAACAGAAAAUAAGAGAGAAGGAAA